CCCAACCAUAGACGCGCGGGGAGGGAAUGACGCAGCGAGUUUUGAGCUGUCCUAUCUUCGGAUUCUAGCGAGGGAGGAAGGAAAGAGUCGUGAAGAAGAAAAAAAAUAAUAAAAACAAAUACGUAUUAAAGGAAGGAAGUAGGAGGGAGUAAAAAUAAGAAGCGGUGACGUGAUACGUAUAUUGAUUAACGCGCGUGUUAAACUGAAGAUUGCUGGAGGUUUUUCGAAACAGCGGGUGGGAGGACAUUCUUGAUACCGGCAUACAGACGGUGUUUGAGGAGUACAACUUCUAAUAUCUCGUGCAACCCGCGUAUUUAUUAACCGGUUACUUGCUUCGGUGCGGGUUGUAGCGGAUGAGACUCCCUUUACUUUGAUAAAAAAGAAACCAUUUUACCUCCGAAAACGGAGACCAAGAUGCCGCAGCCUAAGUCGCGGAAGAUGGCCAUCCUGGGGUACCGGUCAGUUGGGAAGUCUUCACUGACCAUUCAGUUCGUUGAAGGCCAGUUUGUUGAUUCUUAUGAUCCAACUAUAGAAAACACUUUUACUAAGCUGAUUUCUGUGAAUGGACAAGAUUAUCAUCUUCAGCUUGUAGACACUGCUGGACAAGAUGAAUUUUCAAUAUUCCCUCAGACUUACUCUAUAGAUAUUAAUGGGUACAUACUUGUAUAUUCAGUCACUUCAACCAAAAGCUUUGAAGUGAUCAAAGUUAUUCAUGAAAAGUUGUUGGAUAUGGUGGGAAAAGUUCAGGUUCCCAUCAUGUUAGUUGGAAACAAGAAAGACUUGCACAUGGAAAGAGUGAUCAGCUUUGAAGAAGGAAAAGCUUUAGCAGAUUCAUGGAAUGCCGCCUUCUUAGAGUCCUCGGCAAAAGAGAAUCAGACUGCCGUUGAUGUUUUUAAAAGGAUAAUUUUGGAAGCUGAAAAAAUAGAUGGAGGAUGCCCACAAGGGAAUAAAUCGUGCUCUUUAAUGUAAUACCACUACACAACCUGCGGACACUGGGAAUAUAUUCUACUUGAAUAAGCAAACUGCCUGUUCUACUUCAAAACUAGGCUUCUGUUUAAUAUUAAAAUAAAUGGUCAGCCUUCCCAUAAUUUUUAUUAAUUUUUUGUUACUCCUUCCACCCACUCCCCAGCCAACAGAAAAUGCAGGAUCUGACUUUUGAGCAGAUGAUCUCACUACCAUCUUUUAAAUGUAUCAGUCAUCAAUAACAACUUCAAUUUGUAUAUCCAAUUUCUUAAUAUUAUGGCCAAGACUUUUACUGGCAUUCAUUUUUUUUUCAGUGUAGUUUGUUUAUAAUAUUGUAAUCAUUCAAAUGAUGCAUAUUGUUACAUAACUCUUUACUUAACCAGGCUUGAAUGUCAGUGAUUCUUUCAUUGUUUAAUGUAAACUUGUAAAUAAAACAGCUGCAGACUUUA